AUGCUGAGCUUCUCCCUGAGCCCCCAGAAUGUCACCUAGGCAGGUCUUCUUUCUGCUCUUGGGGUUGCCCUCUACUACUUGGGCUACUACUGGGCAUGUGUGCCCCAGAUGCGUUUACUUGUGGCUGGUCCGUUUCUGGCCUUCCUGGAGCAACACUAUCCAGUCACUGUGGAGACUUUCUAUACCACACUGCAGUGUUUUGAGGGCUCACUACAAAGCAUCUUCCAGGUCCUCCUGCAGUUACAGCCCCUACUCCCUUACCAGAAUGGAGUCCUCCAAACUCCAGAUGGAGAGCUCCUGCUAGACUGGGCCGAGCUCCCUGACAACAGCCAACACCCCGACCCUGCCACCCAGCCUGUGCUGCUGCUUCCCAGCAUCACAGGCAGCAGCCAGGAAGCACACAUCCUGCGCCUAGUUAACCAAGCUUUGAGGAACGGCAACAGGUGGAGUAUGGGCACAGCCCAGGAGGAGAGGGUUUUUUGUGCCAGCAAUACUAAAGACCUAGAGACAGUUGUGAACCACAUAAAACAUUGCGACGCACAAGUUCCACUGCUGGCCAUGAGCAUCUCUUUCAGAGGGAUUUUGGUGCCAAAUCACCUGGCACAGGCCAGGCAGGCUGCAUGGGUGGUGGUAGCACUGACUUUGUCUGCAUGCUGUGAUUCCUUUGAGACCACCCAUUCCCUGAAGACCCCACUCAACUCACUGCUCUUCAGUCAGCCCCUCACUGCCAGGCUCUGCUAAUUUGUGGGCUGAAACAGAAGUGUGGUUGAAAAGGUGGUGGACACAGACUUUGCCUGCACAAUCCACCAGUUUGAUGAGCGCUACAUAUCUUUGGCCUUUGGAUAUCAGAAUUGUGUUUCCUACCACCAAGCAGCAAGCCCAAGAACCAAGGUAGAUGCCAUCCAGAUCCUUGUGCUCUGCCUCACUGCAGAUGACCCUUUCUCCCCAGUCUAUGCCUUUCUCCUAGAGGCUGCCCAACACUCUCUCCACAUUGCACUGCCUAUCACAGCCUGGGGCGGCCACAUCAGCUUCCUGGAAGGGAUGCUCCCCUGGCAGCAGUGCUACAUGAGCUGCCUCUUGCCUCAGUAUGCCAGAGCCAUCUUCCAGCACCCGGCAGAGCUGCCUGACCUCAGGGUUUGCUCACCUUCUAAGGACAGAAAGAAAUGA